CUGGAUACCAAACAACUUCAGGUGCGUCAACUGGUAGAAGGUGGCGCAUGCGUGUUAGCCUCUACCUUAUCGGAUAUGGAGACACCUGUGGAAAAAUGCGAGGAAGAUGAAGAGGGCUACGAUGGCUGUUUGCGGUAUCUGACCGCUGCUCAUAACGCAACGGGAACUGUAAAUAAUGGAACGGUAUAUGCUGCGUAUGACUAUGAUGCUCAAUUUGCUGAUGAACUGUCUUUCAAAGCCGGUGAUGAAUUACGAGUGAUAAGUAAAGAUGAUAAGGAGAAGAAUUGGUGGUCAUGUGAGCGUGUCGGACAUAAUGAAACUGGAUUAGUGCCUCGUACCUAUGUUGCGUUGUAUCCAGCUCUGCGGUUUAGGAGAGGGAUAUGGUAUGGAAUAUCAGUUUAUCGAAGUAAUAAUGUACCACAUGGCUUUGCAAAACGUUAA